UGUAUCAAGGGAAAAGAGAAAGGGAGACGGUGUCGAAUAUAGCGUUAUUCGACAGUUCUAUAUUCUUUGCUUGAAAGCGCGUAUGAUAAGUAGAAUCCUGUAAUAGGAAACCGAGCAGAUUCGAUUUUUAUCGAUCUAGCUCGAAGUCAGAUAUAACCUAACGUUUAACAAAUCGAACGCGUAUGCCGACGGAUCGAAUCGACUUUCGAGGUUCGAAAAGUUUCGAAAGCAUUUCGAGCGAGAUCAGAGCAUCGAAAUUUCGAUUUAUCUUCUGUCUCGAAGUUCGGCUCUCGACAUUCGGGACAAUCCUUGCACCUCUAACGUACAUGUUCGAUACAAUAAACAAUUGGCAACUGGUGAAAUAGAGAAGAAAAAGACAAGGUAUUUAGAUACACGAAGUAUUUUCAGUUAUUCCGGUCCGGUUUUGCUACGAAUCGUUUUCACGAGAAAAGUUGACAACAGAGGGUUGGAGUACGAAGGUAUUCGGUAGGGUUGUGGAUGCGCAUUGGACAUCGAAGCAUCGGAGUCUAUCGCGUAUCAGCGUUCCCGGAUCGCAUCGCCAGUAUGCGGUCGCGCAUUUCAUGCGGGAACACCUGUUUGCUCUUCUGCCUCUUUCGCGUCGCUUUAUUCGUCCGAAAUCGCGUGUACACUUCCGUAUCCGUUGAUCGGUCGUUGAACGUGCUGCGCCCCUGCAAAACAGACCUUUUUUCGAAAAAAGAAGGAAGAAGAAAAAUUGAAGAACAUCGCAUUUCGAUGAUUCGAAUGGUCAUCGUAGAAAAAAGAGGGACAUAACUAUUCGAAUCGAAACUCGUGUUCGAAUCGAACAAUACCGUUACACGAUAGAUAAAUACGAAAGCAAGAUUCGAGAUUAUCGACAGAGAUCGAUCGAAUCGUCGGUACAUCGGUGUAGUCACGCGAUAAACGAAAAGAAGAAGGUAUAAGGAGAGAGGUGUAAGGAGAAGUAUAAGGAAAAUCGAAAGAAAGAGGCAAGCAACGGGAGAGGACCGUCCUCGUGCCUUCAACCACGUGUCUCUCGUGGUCCUCAUUUAAACACGCCAUGUCACCGCGUAAUGGGUCAUGCGUGGCGGAAGUAAGCUCGGUGAGGAGCCUGUCGUCGGACGAUGUCUCGGCGAUCAAGGCGAAUAGAAAGAAGUCCUGCUGGGCACGUGCCACGGAUCCGGCAGACCGACGUGGACGACGUAUUCAACUGUUACGGAUGCUUGCGUUGCUGUUCAUACCCAUCCUAGCGUUGAUCGUCCAAACGUCCAUUAGCCUGCACGACAUACUGAUCUAUCGGGAAGAGGUGUCCGACAUUGAAACGCAGGUGACGAUCGCAACGGAUUUGGGCAAGGUCGUCACACGGAUGCAAUUGGAAAGAUCCGAGGUUGCGUUCUUCAUUUACACAAACGGCAGCACUCUGAGGUCGAACUUGACGCAGAGGUUCGCCAUAACCGAUCAAGCUCUUCAUAAUAUGACUACGUGGCCCCUGGUCUCGGUACCGAGGGACGAGAGCAAGACGCAAACCUAUGACGUGGUCAGCAAAGAGGCCUUCCAAGCACGCCUCGAGGAUUUCAGGCAGAAGAUAAGUUCGGAAGAGAGCAGUAUUACCGAAGUGAUGACAUGGUAUACGAGCGUGAACGCGGCUAUGCUGGACCAUCUGACUAAUCAGAUCAAAGAAACGGAUAACAGCGGAGUUUGGAGAUAUCUGAUUGCUUUUAAAAAUUUACUGAGAAGCAUCGAGAGUUUGGGUAUCGCUUCCGUCUACGGAAUCAAUUACUUUGGACGUGGAAUUCUUGGCGGGGAAAAUUAUGUCAGCUACGUACGCCACGAAGCUCUUGGACGUGAUCUUCUCAGUGGAUCUCUCACAUACGUGCCUUCUCUAAAACAUUUUUAUGCCGAACUCACUCGUACCAUGCCAGACUAUGGUAGAAUUAAAUCUAGACGAGACGAAAUUCUUCGGAAUCAAAAAAGGGAGCCGAGCGUGGACGAUGCGAUCGCUUAUUUCGAUUCGAUGGCAACUUACGUGGACGAGCUACGUAAACUUCAGCGAGAAUUACGUCACAUGAUUAGGGAUUACGUGAACUCGGCGCUGCAAGAUGCGAGUAACAAACAGGUCGCUGGAAUAGCCAUUCUCGUCUUAGUGUUGAUCAUAUCUCCUAUCAUAAUAUUAUUAAUACAGAGCGCGGUUGCAACUAUACAAAUGUAUGCAGCUAAUUUGACACAAAAAGCGAGAGAACUUAAACAAGAGAAAGGAAAGAGCGACACGUUGCUUUUCCAAAUGUUACCACCCAGCGUUGCUCAACAAUUGAAACAAACUCAACAGUAUUUUCUACUGGUGCUAAAGGUGCCGGCAGAAUAUUACGAGGCUGUAACCGUGUACUUCAGCGAUAUCGUUGGAUUCACCGAGAUAGCUGCCGAAAACACUCCCCUAGAAGUUGUCACGUUUCUAAAUUCGAUUUACAAACUGUUCGACGCUCGCAUCGAAUGUUACGACGUAUACAAAGUCGAAACGAUCGGUGACUCGUACAUGGUUGCUUCCGGUUUACCAGUUAGAAACGGUGACAAACACGUGUCCGAAAUAGCGACGAUGGCACUCGAUCUUCUAGCAGCAUCGUCGGUGUUUCAAGUGCCGAAACGACCGGGCGAACGUCUUCAGAUACGAAGCGGAGCCCACACGGGACCCGUGGUCGCUGGGAUCGUUGGAAGCAAAAUGCCUCGUUAUUGUUUGUUCGGUGACACGGUGAACACGGCCAGCCGAAUGGAAUCGACCGGUGAAGCUCUGCGAAUACACAUCAGUCUGGAAAUGAAAAAGGCUCUGGACGCCGUCGGUGGUUUUAAGAUCGCGCAUAGAGGUUUGGUGGACGUGAAGGGCAAAGGAUUGAUGGACACCUAUUGGUUGGAGUGCAAAGACGGUGGAAUCGCUCGAGCCGCGGAACUGGACUUACCGUCGUUCUUCGAAGAUGUACGACCGGUCUUCAUACGUCGUUUACGAGAGGAGGGUACCAUCUGAUGCGAACCGUA